AUGAUUCUCGGAGGAGCGAUGAGAGCUCCGGGAAGCGAAGACGCCGUGGUGAUCGAAAAGGGGAAAAAGGCGGGAGAGCCGCAUGUUAUUACCGUGAAUUGUCCGGACAGGACCGGUUUAGGGUGUGAUAUUUGUAGAAUCGUCCUCGAUUUCGGCCUUUAUAUAAAAAAAGGAGAUGUUACAACGGAUGGAGUAUGGUGCUACAUCGUUUUGUGGGUGGUUCCUCAUUAUGAUUCUCUCAUAUUGAGAUGGUCACAUGAUCUCAAGACCCAGCUUCUAUCUGUGUGCCCCUCUUGCCCAACCUACUUCCUACUCAAUUUGAUGUCCCCUUCUCCCACACCAACUUCUGUUUACUUGUUGAACUUCUUCUGCCUAGACCGGACGGGACUCCUACACGAUGUUACUCAAGUACUAACUGAGCUCGAGCUCUCAAUUCAAUCCGUGAAGGUGACCACCACGCCGGAUGAGAGAGUUCUUGACCUUUUCUUCAUUACAGAUAACUUGGAUCUUUUGCACACAAAGAAGCGCCAAGACGAGACACUAGUGCAGUUUCGUUCUGUCUUGGGAGAAUCGUGUAUAAGCUGUGAACUCAAGUUGGCGGGUCCUGAGUAUGAAUAUCAUCAGAAAAUUCCAUCUCUUUCUCCAGAAGUGGCUGAGGAACUGUUUAUGAUGUCUGAGCAGCUCACAGAUGAAGAAGACAACCGCGCACAGGCUCUUAGUGAUGAUAUGAUAAAGAUGAAGAAGAAUUCCUCUGUCACAGUUGACAACUCCCUGAGCCCGUCUCACACAUUACUCCAAAUACGCUGCGCUGAUCACAGAGGCCUUCUCUAUGAUGUAUUAAGAACCUUGAAAGACUUUAACGUUAAGAUAUCAUAUGGCAGGUUCUUGCCUCGAACACAAGGUCAUAGGGAUAUAGAGCGAUUUGUUCAGGUGAAAGAUGAGAAGAAGAUAUUGGAUCCUGAUAAGCAAAGUUCGUUAUGUUUACGUCUGAAAGCUGAAAUGCUGCAUCCGUUACGUGUCAUAAUAACUAACAGAGGACCAGACACUGAACUUGUGGUAGCUAAUCCAGUGGAGCUAUCUGGGAAAGGCAGGCCAAGAGUGUUCUAUGACGUUACCCUUUCACUAAAAGUGCUUGGAAUCUGCGUUUUCUCUGCUGAAAUAAGAAGAUACACUGCUGGUAAUCGAGAAUGGGAAGUGUACAGGUUUCUUCUGGAUGAGAACUGUUUGUUCCAGCUUGGUAGCGCUUCUGUUAGAAAUGAAAUUGCUAAUCAAGUUAAGCAUGGGUUGGGAAAUCAUAUAGAGUCUAGAGGGAGUACGUGGGGUAGUAGUUCUACGCUAGGCAUCCAUAGGAGCUGUGGUGGAAUCCACAAGAAUAUGGAGGCACCCAUAGGAGCUGUGGUGGUUUCCACAAGAAUAUGGGGUAGAAGUCUAGCGAGAGCUACCCACGGAGAAAAGAGAAAAGAUGAGCCAGCCGCGAGAGGCGGGAUAUAA